AUGAACACCACCGUCCUUACUCUGUCCUUGCGCCCGCCGCCGCUGUCAUUGUCACGGCCGUCUGCGUCUCAGACGUUUGCUCUCGCCUUCAUCUCGACCUCGCCCGUCCCCUCCCGCCUUGACGUCGUCACUCAUCCGUCCAUCGCCAUCUUCCCCGCCGCCGAGCCCGUCUUCACUGCUGUCGGCAACGCCCCACGCCCCUGCCUCGCUAGCGCUGGA